AUGCAGAAAUUGAUAGCUGAUGUAGGAGUUCUAUCUGGAGAAGUCUUAGCUCUAAAGCAGUUAGAUCGGACAGUCCUCGAAUUGAAGGAGCAGAUGACGAAUUCAAGGGAAAACCAGAAGGAUAAGGCUCCAGCAACAGACGAUGAUGGACCUUCUGAAGCUAGAUCUCAUCGAGAGAAAAGCCCUGCGAGUUAUAAUCAUCAUAACUCCAAUUUCUCUAGGUGGUCUAGGAUGGAGUUUUUACGAUUCAAUGGAGAAGAUCUGAGAUCAUGGUUGUUCAAAAUUGAACAAUUCUUCUCUAUGGAAAAAGUGGAUACUGAAGAAAGGGUUGAAGUAGCAGCAUUACAACUGGAAGGAGAAGCAAUUCAGUGGCAUCUUUCCUUCAUGAGGUAUAGGCAGUACUUGCAACCUGCUACUUGGAAUGAGUAUGUGAUGGCAAUGGUUGAAAGAUUUGGGUCUGAUUUCGAUGAUCCUAUGGAAGAGAUCAAAAAGAUCAAGCAGACUGGGAGUGUGAAGGAAUAUCAGGCUAUCUUUGAAAGGAAUUUGAAUAGAGUGAGGUUAUCUCAAGAAAAUGCAAUCAAUUGUUUUAUUGGGGGUUUGAAGCGUGAGCUGAACAUUGCUGUGAAGUUGACUAAUCCAACCACUCUGUCUCAAGUGUACAGAACAGCAAGGAUGCAUGAAGUUUAUUUGGCUGCAACAAGUUCUUCAACUAAAAGAUACACAGCACCAAGCAAUAAUGGUAAGCCUCUAUUACCAACUCCUAAUUCUGGUAAUUCUAGCUAUGUUAGGGGUUUUACUAAGAGAGCAUUAAGCAUAGAGGAGAUGAAUGAAAAGAGGGCAAAAGGAUUGUGUUAUUUUUGUAAUGAAAAGUUUGUGCCAGGCCAUAAAUGUAACAGUUCUAAACAGUUGUAUCUAUUGGAAUUAGAAGAAAUAGAGGAGGAACCUUAUGCAGGGGAAGGGCAGGAGUUAGAAAUCCAUGAGGAGAGAAUGGACCUAGUAGAAUCAUCUCAAGGUAUGGAACAAAUGGAAAUUUCUAUCCAUGCUCUGAAUGGUUCAUUGGGUUAUAGAACAUUACAGGUUACUGGUUAUCAUGCAAAGAAGGCCCUAAGCAUAUUGAUUGAUACUGGUAGUUCACAUAAUUUCAUAGAUCCUGAAUUGGUUAAACACCUAGGAUGUAAGGUUCAGUCUACUAAACCUCAAUUAGUAGCUGCUGCUAAUGGGAACAUGAUGGUAGAUAGAGUAUGUACAAUCACUUGGCUGCUACAAGGUGCUGAGUUUUCAGCAGAAUUUUUACUGCUACCUUUAGGCUCAUGUGGAGUAGUGUUGGGAGUGCAAUGGCUACUAACACUGGGAGAUAUAAAAAUGAACUUUAGAAAGUUAACUAUGGAAUUCUGGUAUAAAGGAAGGAAACAUCUUCUCAGAGGUGCUGACAAUCAAGUGAGGGUGCAGGAAGCUGAGAAACUAGUUAAACAUACAGGGGAUAUGUCUCAAUUGUGCAUGAUACAAGUGGUUCCUAUGGGAGAAACAGAAGAACAAUGGCAUGCUAUUAAGACUGAGGAGGACCCUGUGGUAAAUGAUGGUCUGACUCAAUUGCUAAAUGAGUAUUCUGUAUUAUUUGAAGAACCUACUGGAUUACCUCCUUCUAGGGGUGUCUUUGAUCACAGGAUUGUACUCCAAAAUGGUACUGAACCUGUGAAUAAAAGGCCUUAUAGAUAUCCUUCAGUCAAGAAGGAUAUUAUUGAGGGUCUUGUGCAACAGAUGUUAGAUCAAGGCAUCAUUCAACCUAGUUGCAGUCCUUUUGCAUCACCAGUGGUAUUAGUAGAAAAAAGGAUGGAUCAUGGAGGUUAUGUGUAG